ACAAAUCGAAUGUAACAAACUUGUUCAUGAAAUGAUAAAUGGAGACCAAGUGCAGAUAACUGACUUCUGCAAAAAGAUAUUUCACUCACAUAGAGAUGUUAUUGAAUGCAUGAAAAUAAAGGAACCUGUUCCGGUGAAGGCAGAGGAUAUCACUGAAUUUUAUAGAAAGGCUACAGCUGUCGAAACAAGUGAUAGUCAUAAGCUUGCAUGCACGACACUUUUUCAGAAGUACAACAAAUUUGAUAAAGCCCAUUCCCAUAUAUGCUACAAAAUAACAAUGGCUAUAAGAAAAUAUCUACUUAAGGAAAAGGCAGACCUUUACCCAACAGAGGUUAAAUCACAUGAACUUGCCAAACGAACAACCACGGAAGCUUCGAAAGGAAGAAUAAGAUACGUCGGUGGUUACUGUAUUCAUCAGAUAAGAAAGAAGUAUCUAACUCUGCAACAGUCUCGAAUGUACAGCUUAAACAUUUUAAAGCAGACAGAGUUUGACGAGGCUUCAGAUAAAAUCAGUAUUUUGAACAGUUUACGCGAGGAGGAGUAUUUUCUGAAAAAAUCAAGCUGUAAGCCAGAAACGCUGUUGGACAUAUCAGAAAAGCAAAAUCUCAGCAAAGGCUUAGUUCACAUUCCAGAUGAGUUGUUUGACUUUUUUGAACAUUUAUGUGAUUUCAUUUUAUCUCUUUUAACAUUUGAAAAUUUUCAACGCCAUGGUGAAGAUCUACACAAAUUCGUCUUAUCGAAAUUACUCACAUCUACUGAUCUUCAAAGAGAGUUUGAAUCCGUUGUAAAGAGCAGGAAGAUUAUGAACUCGUUGUUUUUUGAAACUCAUGAUGAUAUACCUUCAACGUAUAUUUUGGAACUGUUUCAAGAAAUAUUGAAACUUUUUCUUAAAGUUGUGUUCAACCAGUUCAGACGGGACAUUUUGCAGUCGUAUUCAGUUUCUAAAACGAUGGAGCACAGAAAACAAGUCCAAGUUAAAAAGAAAAAAAAAGAAUCACAGUCUAUUACAAAUGUUUCUUUCCAAACAAUCGAGAAAGACUUGACCGAAGGAAAAGAAAUGUCACAUGCCUUGCUGAAGGGACUGGUGUUAAGCAAAGUCGAUGUUUUUGCGACAUUUAAAAAACCUGAGAUACAAAAGCUUUUAAAAGCUUAUGACAUCAAGUUUAUUCGUACUGUCUCAAAGUCGGAUUGCAUUAAGCUUUUGCAAGAGGCAGUUGUUACAUGUAACAGUAUGAAAUAUCCAAGUAUCAUCUCUACCCAAGAUGUUCAACAAGCAACAUCUUCCAAGGAACCAGUUCAAGAAUCUACACAUAAUCUCGAUGAGCAAGAUUCUUUUGAAAGGACUCACUCUAGCCUUGGUAGAAUUACAGGAACAGAGAAUACUAUGAAUGAAGAGAGGCCUGGAACAUCUCGUCAAGAGGAACAACUUUCAUCGAUGAAUGUGCCUGGAGCUGUAUGUGAAUCCACAGAAUAUGUUGGUGAACACUUGUCAGACUCCCUUGAUGUUAAUUUGCCAUCUGAAAACUCCUCAGAUGAAGAUGAUGGAUUGUGUAAAAAAUGUCAAAAAAGAGGAAGGGAAGGAGUUGAAUGGAUCCAAUGUAAUGCUUGUUUAGCAUGGAUACACAGAAAUUGUGCAGGUCUUAGAUCAAAAAAGAAAUGGGAUCAUUUUGCAACGGCUGAUUUCUUCUGCAAGGAGUGUUCAUGAAACGUUUAUAUAUAAACUUGUUUAGAAAGAGAACAUUUGUCAGUGUACUUAUUUCAUUAUAAACUGAUCAAACGAUGAAAUAUCAGAUGUUCUGAUUUUACAUGACUAGGGCCUAUCCGAUGUUACAUUUACACUUUAGUUGUGCAGUGUAUUUCACAAGACACGCCAAACAGGGAAACAUCAAAACAAGCACUAUAUAAAGAAAAUAGUGGAAAUAUGUGUGUUUGUUUUAAAUAGCUAACAAUCUUUUACACAGUUUUGCUUAAUAAAUAACGGCUAUAUGUCAUUUUGUAGCUUCAUGUUUUAAUUUCAGUUAAGAUGGUGAAAGAGUGUUGCCAAAGCCACAACAUGAUCCACUUUCUUUAUUCUCAUUUUUAUUUUAAAAUCAGUGUGUCACUUACUUAAUAUUGAUGAAGAGUCUGUAGAAAAUUGUUACAUUUCAUGGUUAGUCACUUACUUUCAAUUAUAUAUAAAAUAUAUAUAAUGAAGCUAUUGAGACAUGACAGUCAUUAUUUAUUUUCAUUGGACAUUGAAUUGACUGAAAGUUACGCUUCAUGAAAAUGUCUUAUAAAUAGGUUUUGUAUGUUUUUUGUGUUACAGUGCUACAAUAUUUACAUUAUAGUAAAACGAUUGCAUCUCUCAUAUGUCAUUUUGUAUGAUUUUUUUGCCAGAUAUUUAAUGCUGUUUUAACAGUUUUGAGUGAAAAUCAAGAGUCAUUCAGAUAUGUCAAGGGCAUUGUUCUAUUUAACGUUAAAGAUUUAAUAUACAUUUGAGCCACUCCAAAGUUGUUAUUUUCAAAACCUGUCAGUGUUCACAAGAGAAAUAUAUCACGUACAAAAACAAACGCGCAUAUAUGCCUAUAAUUUCAAGUUCUGUAUUGAGAAAAUCUCACAAGAACUAUCAUAAUGUAUGGCAAGUAUAAGUCUAAAAUAAUAAAAAGAUUUUUACGAA